AUGUCCUCCACUCGACUCUCGCCAUCCCCGACGCCCAUCGUCGAUGUACACACCCACGUAUACUUUCCACGCUACGCUGCCGAAUUACGUGCACGCAGCUCAGCUCCUCGAAUUUUGACCCGGACAGGUGCAGACGGCAAGCCUGAAGAACGGCUCCUGAUAUUAGAUGGAGAACCAGGAUCAGGACGCUCCGUCGGUCCUCAGUACUGGAACAGGGAAGAAAAGCUUGAGUUCAUGAAAAGACACCAUAUCCAUGUUUCAUUCGUAAGCUCAGCAAACCCGUGGCUUGAUUUUCUUCCUGCGGAACGCGCCAACACUCUUGCUCAGGCGCUUAACAACGACCUCGAGGAAUACUGCGCGUCUUCUCCAAAGGCGGAUGGGUUCCCGGGUUUGAGGUCCAUCUAUGGUUUCGGCCUCCUGCCUCUCGUCCCGCACAUUCCGAUUUCCUCAGUCAUCCAAACCAUCGAGCAGAUCAAGACAUUGCCGCACGUAUCAGGCGUUAUAAUGGGAACGAAGGGUAUCGGUAACGGCCUUGAUGAUGACGCGCUGGAGCCAAUAUGGGAGGCCAUCGAAAGCGCGGGACUUGUGGUUUUCGUUCACCCCCAUUAUGGCGUAGACACUCAAGCCUUUGGCAACAAGCCGAAUGGUCACGUACUUCCUCUUGCGCUUGGUUUUCCAUUCGAAACCACCAUUACUAUAACCAGGUUGAUUCUGGCCGGUGUGUUGGAUCGUUAUCCAAACCUCCGGCUUCUUCUUGCUCACUCAGGGGGGGCUCUCUCUCAGCUGUCCUCUCGUAUUGCCUCGUGCAUUGCACAUGAUCCGGUGGUGGCAAAGAGACUGCAACACGAUGCAAGGUACUAUCUUGGGAAACUUUACUUCGAUGCCGUCGCAUAUGGUCCCGAAGAGCUUGGUUUUGUAAGCGAGACCAUCGCACGCGCGGAAUCGUACAAUGCUACAGGCUCAUACAAUGCGGACGCUGGGAGCACAAGGAUGUUAUUUGGUACCGAUCAUCCAUUUUUCCCGCCCCUAGAAGGGAGUCAAAAGUGGCAGAGUGUCGAGGAUAAUAUGAAGGCUAUUCGAAACGUCCGUGGCUGGAGCGAAUCUACCCAAGCGGACGUUCUGGGGCACAAUGCAUUGAGGUUAUUCAACUUGAAGUGUUGA